AUGCCCGUCGCGGUAUUGUCGAGAUCAUCCGCCUCGGGUCGUUCUUCCCGCGUGGCAGCUCCCAAGCCGCGCAAGGAGGUCACCGAUCCUGCUCUCAUCGCCUUGCAUGGGUCCAUCCCGCCUAUCUUCCAGCAGGCUCAGCAUAGUCUUGCCACCCACAGAAAGAACGUCGUAUCUCUUUAUCGCAUCCACCAAAAGGUCGCCGCCAUCACUGAACACGCAUCCGACGGUCGUGUGAGACCCAUCGGCGAGAAAGCAUUCAACGAAGUUUUUGUCGGCUGUCUCGACCGUGUUCUGCCUAUCAAGAAGGGUGUUCCCAAUGCAGACCGCGUCUGCAAGUUCGUCGCCGCUUACGUUGCCUAUGCACAGGAGCAAUUCCGCCUUCAGGCGCGCGCAGACAAGGCCGAGGAUGGCGAAGACGGGGACGAUGACGAGGAAGAGGAGGAUACUACAGCGACCCGCUUCGCCUCGCUUCUCCUCAAGCAUCUCCUCAAGGGCUCUGUUGCCAAGAACAAGAACGUCAGAUACCGAUGCUGCGGCUGCAUCGCCUUGUUCAUCAACGGACUCGAAGACAUCGAGGAGAAUUUGUUCCUCACGCUCAAGUCCUUCAUGCUCGAGCGCGCCAGAGACAAGGAAUCCAUCGUCCGUGUACAGGCUGUCAUCGCCUUGACCAAGCUUCAAACCAACGAGGACGAUGACGAUGAGGAAUCAGAGGAGAUCAAGCAGGCACUCAUCGAGACCCUCCGCUUCGAUCCAAGCCACGAAGUUCGCAGGGCGGCUCUCAACAAUCUCACUGCCAACAAGGAGUCCACUCCUCUACUUUUGGAGCGUCUACGAGACGUCGAUCCCAUCAAUCGCCGCUGUGUUUACCUCGGCAGCUUCGCCGGCAUUCUCAAGACGCAGAUGCAGGCACUUCAGGGCCCGGGCGCCGCUCAAGCUGGGCCUUCCCGUCUUGGUCUCGACAUCGACUCUGCGGGCGAGGUCAUUCGCGUUGGUAUGGGCGAACGAGAGCCCAGUGUCAAGCGCGCCGCUCAGAAACUCGUCAAUGCCUGGUUCGACGCAUGCGGAGGCGAUCUGGUCGUCUUCCUCAACCAAUUCGAUGUCGUCGGCUCCAAGCACAUCGAGACGGCGCUGCUCACUAUCUUUGAGAGCCGUCCGGCGCUCGUGGCUCAGGUCACGUUUGACGCCGACGAGUUCUGGGCCAAUCUGUCGCCUUCCACCGCUUUCUUGGCUCGUGUCUUCAUCGACCACUUCAAACGCACCAAGAACGACCGUCGGCUGGAGGAGUGUCUGCCUGUGGUCACCGCCCUGGCAUUCCGCAUCCAGAAGGAAUACAGUGAGCUCACACAGCUCCUCCAGCAGUACAAUGCUAUCGCCAACAGCGCCCUCAUCCCCGAAGACGAGGCCGAGAUCGCGCUCUUCACCAUCCGCAACAAGACAUUCGUCGUCUCACAGCUGCUCGGCAUCGGUCUUGCAUCCGACUACGGCGACGAGGCCGGCCGCAACAAGAUGUUUGGUCUGGUGCGGGAGAUGAUCUCCGACAUCGAGCUCCCCGAGGACCUGGUCCCCGCUUGUCUAGAUGUUCUGCUCAAGCUGACCACGCAAAAGGACUUCAUGCGCAUCAUUGUCGAGAUCGUGCUGGACCUUGGCGAUGAGGACGAUGCCGAUGCCGAUGACCUUGACGAGACCGAGAUCGACGACACGAUGAGCGUCGACGGCUCUCAGCUCGCCCGCAAGAAGUCACGCAAGUCUAUUCGAAGCAAGGAGACCUCGUCGCCGGCACACGACGCACUUGCUAUCGAGCAUCGAUGCCUGACCAUCGUCCGAGCCAUGUUGGAACGAGUCGUUGGUGCCCUGCAGGAGAACACUGCCUUCCACGGUCUCAUUCCGCAGCUGAUUGCUCCCGCCGUCCGAUCCAAGGAGACCCCCGUGCGCGAGCUCGGACUCAUGUGUCUGGCCCUCUGCUGCCUGCUCGACCGCAAGCUUGCGCUCGACUCAUUCCCGCUCUUCAUCGACCAAGUUCAACGUGCUGACGGUCCGAUCAAGCUGCGCGCUGUGCAGGCCGUCUUUGACUUGCUCAUCAACCACACCAUCCCAUACCUCUGCUCUCGCAACCCGGCAGGCGAGGAGAUGGCCCGACGUCAGAUCAUCUCGUAUCUUCUCAGUCUGCUCGAGGAUGAGGACCCCACCAUUCAGAGUGCUGCCUGCGAGGGCAUGGCCAAGCUCAUGCUAACGGGUAUGGUGGACGACGACGAAGCGCUCAAGAGCCUGGUGCUGAUCUACAUGUCUCCCGAGACCAUGGCAAAUCAGGAGCUGCGACAAUGCCUCUCGUACUUCUUGCCCGUGUACUGCGGGUCUUCGAGUCGAAACCAGCGACACUUGCAACGAGUAUUCCUAUCUGUGUUACAGGUGCUGACCGAGGUGUACGAGGAGAAGGACGAGGAUCAGGAGAUGGUGACGCCCACGCAGGUCGGUCUGCAGCUCUUGGAUUGGACUGAUCCCGACAAGGUCAUGAUGAGGCCAGGGCAGGUGCGCGACGAGAACGUCCACGUGGAUGUGGCCAUCGAGCUGAUCAAGGCCAUGUACACGAUUGAGGACACCAAGGACUGCAAGGAUCGCAAGGUCAUGUGCCAGCUGCUAGGCAAGGUCUUCCUGCCCGAAGAGCUCGACGAUGCCAAGGUGCAGGAAGUUCUCAUCCUGCUCACGGGCCUACACGAGCUCAACGACAUCACCGACACUGUGACCAAGAAUGCGCUGGGCCGAUUCGAGGCCGCCUUCGCCAAGGCCUACACCGCGCAGGUGGAAGCUGGUCUUGACGGUCUUGACCUGGAGUCGACUCCUGCAUUUGACAGCGUCAAGGCCUUCUUCGAUGCGAUCCAAGUCGACGUAGAGGAGGUCAUCCAGGCGUACGCUCAUUCACCGAUCAAGGUGGCUUCCAAGACAAGCCGCAAGUCGACCUCGAAGGGCGUAUCUUCGGCUCGGUCGUCGGAGGCCGCGUCGAGCAAGAAGAGCAAGAAGCGUCGGGAUGACAGUGACGAGGAAGAGGAAGAUGAGGACGAGGACAACGAGGAGGAGGAAGAGGAGGAUGACGAGUGA